ACAGGACGGACGGAAGAAAGACAGGAAAAGACGCGCGGUCCGCACGUGGAGGAACAAACGGAGCUUCACUUUCGGAGGAGACACACUGGAAAAUAACCCCAAGUCCUCAGGAGUAGUUCGCUGCUGCUUCCUGUCUGAGUGAGAUACAACAAUGCUCCACGAGGAGCCUAAUAGGUGACUGUUGGAGACACAGGGAAGACGCGCUUUGUCUUAUCUUCGGUCACUGGUGAAGAAAAAGAAGGCAGGAAGAGGGCGCGCGGGGAGAGAGAGGGGUCAUGGAAAACCUCUGGAGGAGGAGAAGGACGCAGGCGCUCAGAUGGAAAUGGUUGAGAAACUCGCUGCUGCUCUGUUUAUUCACCGGAGGUGCUGAGGCCCAGUGUGAAGGCUGUAUAGAGUAUUGCUGCGAUGGAUCGCCGCCUUUCUGCUGCUCCUACUACGCCUAUGUGGGGGACGUCCUCUCGGGCACUGCCAUCUCCGGUAUCGUUUUCGGCGUGGUGUUUUUGAUGGGGGCAGUGGCGGCCUUGUUCCUGUGCGUGUGCAUGUGCAUGAAGAAUGGGCGGGGCGCACGGGUCGGAGUGUUCAGCACCUCCUACAUCAACACUGUGACCCAGGGCUAUCCAGGUCCUCCACCUCCGUACUCCUAUGACUACGAGAUGUACCCUUCCUCCCUGCACCCUCCGCCUUACACCCCAACUCAGCCCCGACCUGCAAACUACUCCCCUCCUCCUCCUUACCCUGGCUGCACCCGCAAGUGAAUCCCUGCUGCACAGAUCAUCCUCUGGCCAGCUCAAAGGGAAACUGUCAUGGCCCUGUUUCUCAGACCUGGAGAUGUCUGAACACCUCUGGCCUCUGCAGCACUGGUGUUGCUUAUUUGGGUUGAAGACAAUUCUAGGGAUUAAAAUAAAAAAAAAAUCCACAUUAAAACAAAAAGGGAGGCCCAGUGCACUUUUGUUCAGCUGGAGUCUGGACCGAAUGGUGGGGGGAAAAAAAUUAUAAUUUAACAAGCUGUGGGUCUGGAUGUCUAACGAGGGCCACAACACGUGCAUGUCCUGAUAACUGUUAGCAGCCCUGCUAGCCUGCAGCUGGUACUUUUUUCCCCACUAAUAACCAAUAUCCUUAUCCGUUCCCGCCUGUGCACAUCAAAGGCAGCGUGCUACUUUGAUGAAGGUGAAGACUACUUUUGUCAGCGUGGGGGGGGGGGCCUCGCAGGAGAAAAAGUCCAGAAGACAAUGUAGUUUUUAAAGACAUGAUUUAUGCCAGUGAAUGAGGUGGAAGUCAAUGAUUAAAGGUGUUUUAAAGAAGUCAGAGCUGUCAUGUGUACAAAGACUUGAACAUAAUGCAUAAUAUUACUGACCUUAAAGGUGUGGACAACUUGAAAGGAGUGGGUUGUUGCCUUACUUGAAGCAAUGUGAGGGUGAAAACUGAACUGGGGGUCACAUUACGUUCAGCUGAACCAAAAUGGAUUCUCUUUGAAAAUGAAAAAUUGUAAAUCUUUUGCCUUUUGUGAGAUUCUUGAAAAUUGUGAAGCAUUCAUCAUUUGAACUGUUUGUAAUUACACGUGAAUUGACCUGAUUCAUGUGAUGGGUGACUGUGAAUGAUGGAAGAGAUUUAACUGUAUUAAUCAUGUGUCAGGUAAAUCAUUUUUCAAGUGUUUCCUUACUGUGUCAGCGGCUGUAUUGUAAAUUAAAGAUGUAAUUAA